CUUUGGCGGGCCAGGCCCCUCAGUACGCAGGCGCAAUAGGCCGCACGCUCCUCCGUUGCCGCCCGCCUGUAGUGGGGCCUGUUGAAGCCCGGUAUUCCGCUCCAGCCGACGCCGUCUGAGAUCCGCAUCCUGGCUCCAUGUUUCCGACGUGGGGUCUGUAUGGGGCGGCCCCGGGGCCCUACCCUCCGCCGCCCACCAUGAUGCCGCCACCGUUGCCAGGGCCUCCGCCGGCUGUGCUGCCUGCCACCCUGCCGCCGCAAGUCCCGGUGGUGCCGCCGCCGGCGCUGGCGGGCUACGCGGCCUCCUCGGUCGCUCCUGCGGCCGCCGGCGGGUCGGGCUUUCUGAGCCUGCAGGAGCAGCACUUAGCCCAGCUCCAGCAACUCCAGCAGAUGCACCAGAAGCAGAUGCAGUCGGUGCUGUUGGGCGGCCCCCCUCCGCCCGGCGCGCCUCCCCCGAGCCUGCCCCCGCCUCCCUUGCCCAGCGCCUCUGCCCCCGCUGCAUCCUGGCAGCCGCCGGUGCCCACCGGCCAGUCGCCAUUACGCAGCUAUCAGAAGCAGUUCAAGCACCGUGACCCCCCACCUCAGCCCCGGGAGUCGCAGCUCCGCAAUCCCCCGAUGCCUCCUCUACCUCGGGCAGAAGAGGUGGCAGAGCAGCCCCAAACCCACGAAGAAUGGCAGCCUUCAGUCCCCACGGCCAGCCCCUGCAUGGAUAUGGACAUGGACCUGUCCUCUCCACCCCAGUCACCCGACCAGUCUUACGAGACCCCAGUUGAAACUGAAUCUUACAUGCCCCCCUCGCAAUCUCUGCCGUCACAGACUCACACCCCAGCACCCCAGUCUUACCAGACUCAUUCGCAGCUGUCUCAGGCAGUUCCACAGACCUUUUCAGAACUUUCCUCGACUGCUCCUCAGCCUUACCUGCCCCAUUCUCAGUCUUACCAACCCACUUCUCAGCCAUCUUCCCAACCAGCCCAGUCCAGUCCUCCACCACUCACCCAGUCUGAAUCUCGCUUCACCUCAUCCCAAAUUACUCAACCCACUCCUGAACCCCAGGAGUUAAGACAGGGCAGUGGCCAGGACUCAGAUAUCAGGUGUGAGCGGCAGCAAAGCACCCCACAUGCAGAUCCCUCCACAAUGAACCCCCAGGAACAGCAGCAAUAUUGGUAUCAGCAACAUCUGCUUACUCUGCAGCAAAGGGCAAAAGCACAUGCACUGGGGCAGCCAUCAAGUCCAGGGGUUGUAAAUGAUGCUCCUGAGCAGAGGCAAGAAGAAAGGGAAAUAUUUACUUCUGAUCAGCUUUCUGAGCCCACCUUGCACUAUGAACCUUUAUUGCCGCAUCCUAAAAAUGAUGACCUUCCUUUGUCAUCUGUUGAGCCCAAGUUGAACAUUGAACCUCCAGAAGAUCCUGAAGAAAGUUUGAGAUUGCAGCAGUUGCAGGCAGCAGCAACACAGUGGCAGCAGCAUCCACAACAGCGAGUGGGCUUUCAAUACCAGAGAAUAAUGCAAAAGCAUUCACAGUUGGGUCAAAUUCUACAGCGCUAUCAACAGAUCAUACAGCAGCCACCACACUUGCCAACCAUGUCAGUGGAAAUGCAGUUAAAGCAUUAUGAGGCUCAGAAUAAACGGUUCCAGCCCCUUUACAAAGAGUGGGAACGUGAAUAUCAGCAGUGGCAGGAUCAACUUCAGACUUAUCCUCACAAAGACCAACUUCAUGAGUGUGAAAAACAGUGGAAGGUGUGGCAGGGACAGAUGAAAAUCACUCAGACGCACAUUCAGGAGAAAGUGAAGUCCCUUCGGAACAUGAACAGUCAAUAUACUGGAAAUGCAACUCAGUUUUCUCCAUAUUCUCAAACUCAAGGUGGUAUGCCCAUUGUAUCAUCUACUUUGCCCUCAAGUAUACUUCCUGUAGCAUCCACUGGAUUGUCUUCUGGUCCUCAAGCAUCUCAUAUACCUGUUUCAAAAGAAUCUGGUCCUCUAAGCACUCAGAAUACUGAAACAACUAGAUCAGCUCUAUUUUCUACCCCUGCUUCAUUUGCAUUUAAAGUUACUGAGUCACUUGCCACUUCCCAGACCCCAGAGAUGACUAGGCCAGCUCUACUUCCUACCCCUAACACUGCUUUUUCAUUCAAAGCAACUGACUCCCCUGCCACCCCCCAAGCCAUGGAGAUGACCAGGCCUGCUCUGCUUCCUACCCCUCCCCAUGGUUUUUGUUUUAAAAGCACUGACUCGCCUGCCACUUCCCAGGCCACUGAAGCAACCAGACCAGCUCUGCUUCCUACCCCCACUGCUUCUUCCUUUUCAUUUAAAGUUGGCGAUUCAACUGCCGCUUCCCAGGCCACUGAGAUAACCAGACCAGCUUUACUUCCUACCCCAUCCCCUGGUUUUCCUUAUAAAAGUACUGAUUCACCUGCCACUUUGCCUUACCACUCAAAUGUGACAUCAUCCACUAGCUCUUCAGACCAAGGCAGUUCUUACAUGCCCCUGGGCAAACAGACAAUGCCAUUUGGUUCUGUCUCAUCUGAAUUAGGUUCUGUUGAAGCGAAACCUCCUUCUACAGUGACAUCAUCAUCUGCAUCCACUACCACUACCACAACUGCUACCUAUCAGAACAGACCAGUGAGGUCAGGUGGCUUUCCUGAUAACCCCAGAGGACCAUACUUUGAGGGACCGAGGGACUCAAGGUUUGAUGGACCACGAGGAAGAGGUUUUGACAGAUUUGAAGCUCCAAGACAGAGAGGACCUCAUUUUCAGGGUCAGCGUUUAGAAGGCCCAAGGCCAAGGCUUCAAAAUCAGCAUCUAGAUGGAUCUUCAGGCAAACCGGGUGCAGUCCCUCGGGGGCCAGCAGCAGCAUUUUAUACUCCCAAGGGUCCAUCCCAAAUGCAGAAUUCCCAGGCAGGUGGACCACGAUGGCGGGGGCCUAGGCCUCUGUUAGGACAAGAGCACCACCAAGCAGAAAGUAAAGAAUCUUUUUCUGAUAAUCAGGCAGUGGCAAAUAAAGCAAAACUCACACCAGAUACAAAAGUUUCUGGUUCAGUUCAGCCAGGUAAGGGCCUGUCUGCAGCACAGCAAAAUACAUCCAGAAUUGAGGACAGAGAAGUGAUGACAGAAGCAAAAAAAUGGAGCUCCUCAGAGCCUGGGCUGCAAACAGAAGCAUCCAAAACAACUCCUCAUUCUUCAUCUGUCGGGCAUCAAACACCAGUUUCCACUCUUCCUCCAAAUUCAGGAGGAAAGAAAAUAUUACUACCAACUCCAGUAAAAGGAAAUAAAGACUCUGCAGAGAAUAAACUGACCACUUCAGAAAAUAAUCAGAACAAAGAACUAUCUAAACUGGAAAUCAGGGAGAGUGGGCAAAUUCAGCCAGGAGAUAAACAGGCAAAAGGGCCAGCUGGUAGAGGCAGGGGCCAGGGCAGACUAGACGAUUCUAGCGGCAGGGGCCAGGGCAGACUAGACGAUUCUAGGGGAAGGGGCCAGGGUAGACUAGACGAUUCUAGGGGAAGGGGCCAGGGUAGACUAGACGAUUCUAGGGGCAGGGGCCAGGGCAGACUGGAGGAUUCUAGAGGCAGGGGCCAGGGCAGACUGGAGGAUUCUAGAGGCAGGGGCCAGGGCAGACUGGAGGAUUCUAGAGGCAGGGGCCAGGGUAGGCUGGAGGAUUCUAGAGGCAGGGGCCAGGGUAGGCUGGAGGAUUCGAGAGGCAGGGGCCAGGGCAGGCUGGAGGAUUCGAGAGGCAGGGGCCAGGGCAGGCUGGAGGAUUCGAGAGGCAGGGGCCAGGGCAGGCUGGAGGAUUCGAGAGGCAGAGGCCAGGGCAGGCUGGAGGAUUCGAGAGGCAGAGGCCAGGGCAGGCUGGAGGAUUCGCGAGGCAGGGGCCAGGGCAGGCUGGAGGAUUCGAGAGGCAGGGGCCAGGGCAGGCUGGAGGAUUCGAGAGGCAGAGGCCGGGGUCGAGUAGAAGGUCCCAGAGGAAGAGGAAUAGCAAACAGAGGUAGAGGUCAGGGCAGAGAUGUAGUUAGUAGAGAUGUAAAGAGUGGACCAGAAACGCACGACAAGCUACCAGGGAAGCAGCUGGGCAACUGGGAAUCUGGAAUGGGUGAGCAGUCAGGCAGCCAGGAAAGAACAUUGGGAAGGCAGUCAAGCAGCCAGGAUAGAUCAUUGCCAAUUAGAGGCAAGGAACAGUGUCCCCAAACAGAUAGCAGAGAGAGGGGCCGUGCAAGUAGCCGGGACAGGGGCCCAGUCAGGCGGCCUGAUAGCCGAGAGAGGGAACUAGAUCGACGGGCUGGUAGCCGGGAAAGGGGCCCCGGUCGACAGGCUAGUAGCCAAGAGCGAGGACCAGAUCGACGAGUUAGUAGCCGGGAGAGAGACAUAGUCAGAAGACCUAGUAGCCGGGAGAGGGAUCUGCACAGGCGUGAUUCAGGCCUUGAAGGCAGUACUGAACACUUGCUUCCACAUCGUGAGGAAUCACUCAGGCCUCCGUGGGCAUAUGGAGAGGGAGACCAAGAAGAAAAACGUCCAUUUGAAUACAGAGAUAUUCUUCCUUUAGAGCGUAGACGGUUGGACGACUGGGAAAGAGACAGAUACUGGCCUGAGCGUGACCAGCGGUAUCGUGAUGAUCCCCUUGAUCCAUAUAAUAGGGAUGACUUGUUAGCACCCCGUCAUCCGUUACCUCCUCUUUCACCUUUGCCUCCUCUACCCCCUUUACCUCCUUUGUCUGCUGAUCUUGACAGACGAGAUCCAUAUUGGGAUGACUGGGAUAGGCCAAUGAGUAGAGAGAGGGAGCUGGACAGAGAUCUGGACAGAAUCAGAAGGCCCUUGGAUGUGUAUGAUCGUGAACUGGAAAGAGACUGGGACAGAGAUUGCAUAAGACCACUGGGGGACAGAGAUACAUUGAGUUGUGAUCUGGACAUACCUCCUCUCCCACCUUUGCCCCCACUUCCUCCUCUUCCUCCUUUAGACAGAUAUCGUGAGGAUCGAUGGAUGGAAGAGAGAGAGAGAGAUUUCUUUGACAGAGAUUCUAGAGAUAGAGGAGAACUCAGAAUCCGAGAAUAUCCAGAGAGACGUGAUAGUUGGAGGGAGUUGUCUGAAUUCCCUCCUGACCGGGGUGAUUGGGAACGGGAAAGAUUGUCAGAUAGGUGGUAUCCUGAUGAAAUUGACAGAUUCCCACCUUUAGAAGAUCGUCUGGAACCACCACCUCUGCCACCACGCUCAUCUGAAUUACUGGGAGAAGAUUCAAAUGUAGCUUCUGAGCAGACACUAGGAAGUGUAAUGGUCCUUAGUCAAAGGCAGCAUGAAAUAAUCUUGAAGGCUGCCCAAGAACUGAAAAUGCUACGAGAACAGAAAGAACAUAUGCAAAAGAUGAAAGAAUUUGUUCCUGAACCCCAGAGGGCUGAACUGCCACCACAUGAAAUGACUAGAUCACAAAAUACAGCUGCUAGACAGGGUAACUUUCAGGCCUCUUCUGAAAUGCGUUCUGAGAUACCAAUAGAGGAACAACCUAUCAAACCUACUCCAGCUGUAAUUAUAAAGCCGCCAGUCUUGUUUCGGAAACCUACCCCAACAGCUGCCCCAACGGCCAAGCCAACCCCUACAUUAGCAAAGCCUUCUGCCCCAGCAGUGAGGGCACCUGUUCCGGCUGCAAAAGCCCCUCUUCCAGGAGCAAAGCCACUUGCUCCAUCAACACAGCCAAAUGUUCCAAUCCCCAUUUCAACAGCAGCAGCCACUCAGGUUUCAGCUCCCUUGGUAAAGUCAUCAUCUACCAUGAACCAAGAGCGUUGGGAUGAGGAUUCUUUCCAUGGACUUUGGGAUUCUAGUGAAGAUAAAGGGUUAAAAUCAGAGUACAACUUACCUACAUCAGAACUUGGUUUCCCUUCUUCAACAGUCCCAGGGUCCCUUCCUUCAGGUAUGCUGCAACUUUCCAAGCCACCAGUUAUUCAGCAGACUGUUGAUUAUGGACAUGGACACAGCCAUGGUCAAGAUAUAACCACCUGUAAAGGUGGACAAAUUCCUUAUGGGGAGCGAAUAACUCUGCGUCCAGAACCUCCUCAUGAGAGACAGUCCUUUUCAAAAGAGCAUCCAAGCCAGCGUGAUCGAUACAUGAAAGAGAGAGAAACUUACUUUGAGCGGCAAAAUAAUACAAAUAUAGAUCACAGAGAUUUCAGGAGGGAACGAGAGCCUUAUAGGGACCGUACUUCCGGAGACCAUGAACGGGAAAGAUUUGAGAAAGAACGUUAUCUGCGGGAAGACAGACCAUCUCCUUCACGAACUCAAUCUUACCGUGACAAAGACCAUACAGCCCCGAGAAGGGGAGGAUUUGAAAGACAAUCAUAUGAAAGAAAGCCAGAUCGUCCUCCCUAUGAUCAUGGGCCUUCUAUGUUUGGAGGUGACCGGAGAAAUUACCCUGAGGAUAGAAUAACAAUUUCUGCUCCAUCAGUACCCCGGCAACCACCCCCUGCACCACGUGUAGAGAGAAAACCAGAAUCUAAAAAUGUGGAUGAUAUACUGAAGCCACCUGGGCGGGAGAGUAGGCCAGAACGGAUUGUCAUUAUCAUGAGAGGAUUGCCUGGCAGUGGAAAGACCCAUGUUGCUAAGCUCAUCAGGGAUAAGGAGGUUGAAUGUGGAGGAGCUGCACCCAGAGUGCUCAGCCUUGAUGACUAUUUUAUCAUUGAAGUAGAGAAAGAGGAGAGAGAUCCAGAUACGAAGAAAAGAGUAAAAAAGAAGAUUUUGGAGUAUGAAUAUGAAGCUGAUAUGGAAGAGGUCUACCGUGCCAGUCUGUUCAAAACCUUCAAAAAGACUUUGGAUGAUGGGUUUUUCCCCUUCAUCAUUCUUGAUGCUAUCAAUGACAGAGUACGCCACUUUGAGCAGUUCUGGAGUGCUGCAAAAACAAAAGGGUUUGAGGUCUACUUAGCUGAAAUAAGUGUGGACAACCAGACGUGUUGCAAGAGAAAUGUCCAUGGACGCAAGCUCAAGGAAAUCAAUAGGAUGGCUGAUCAUUGGGAGACAGCACCCCGUCAUAUGAUACGUUUAGACAUUCGCUCUUUGCUACAAGAUGCUGCUAUUGAAGAGGUGGAGAUGGAGGAUUUUGAUGCAAACAUUGAAGACCAGAAAGAAGAGAACAAGAAGGAUGCAGAGGAAGAAGAGAGUGAACUGGGUUACAUUCCGAAAAGCAAAUGGGAGAUGGAUACUUCUGAAGCAAAACUAGACAAACUGGAUGGAUUGCGAACUGGUGCUAAGAGGAAACGUGACUGGGAGGCAAUUGCCAGCAGAAUGGAAGAUUAUCUUCAACUUCCAGAUGAUUACGAUACCCGUGCUUCUGAACCUGGAAAAAAGAGGGUGAGGUGGGCAGACCUUGAAGAAAAAAAGGAUGCAGACAGAAAAAGGGCCAUUGGUUUCGUGGUGGGACAAACUGAUUGGGAGAAAAUCACAGAUGAAAGUGGUCAUCUUGCUGAGAGAGCCCUCAAUCGUACCAAAUACAUUUGAUGGAACAGUCGAAUUGGAUUUUUAUAACGUUAAGGCCAUUUGCUUUGAUGAGAACUGAACACAGAGUGGCAUGGAUGAUGCCAUUCUCCACCUUGAGUGGUUAUUUUCUUUUGAAACCUUUAUUUUAUUUCAUUCUUUGGAGCUCUGACUGAUGUUAUCCAGCAUCCCCAAGUUAUAUGGAGUCCUCUUGCAUCUAAAUGUGAAAGAAGAUUUUGUGUUCAAAUAGUAGUUUUAGCUUUUAUGCUUGCAGUAGAAUGGAAAGAUUAGGCCAAAGACAUUUCCUCUGCUGUACCUUCACAGAAUGUCAGCAUUAGCAUUGCAUUGUUGCUUUGUGGCUGUUGUUUUAUACUGUACAAACUUUGUAGUUUAUUGUACUAGAAAAAAACAAUAAACUUUCACUCUGAACCCAGUGAA